AUGGGCCGAGUGGGCAGGGCAAGGAGUGUGCACGUAGAUCUUGUCGGCGAGGACUGUAGAGCUGAGCAGGACAAAGAGAGUGUGCGUGGGCGAGGGAAAUCUUUUCAAGAGGUGCCAGGUGCGAUCCCCGAGUUGGUGCACCUGUCGCCAUACUCGCCGGCGACGGUCCUGGCGAGAUGGGUCUCUCAUGGUGACUUGAUUCACACACUGGAAGGCGUCAAGGCAGAGGCCGAUUUUGGGGCGGUUGGCUCUCUGCACGAUAUUCCAGACAAUAACCAGGUUGGCGCACAGGUUGCCCAGCACCAGGUCUCGUAUGCCAAGCGGACGCUGUGGGCAGCGAUGAGGUCGGCCACUAAUACAUCCUCGUCUUGA